AUGCACACAGUUAAAUACAUCAUCUUCUCGUUCCAGCCUCCAAUAUUCAUGAGAAUCAUUCAUUGGGCGGUAAAUGGCUAUGCAAGAAUUAAACUUAGCAAGCUCCGGUACAGAAGUCGGGAAGCUAACGAGAAGUUGCUGUCGGUUUUGCGCAUUGCUGACCCGGCAGUUCAUGGGCACAAGAAGAGAAUAGAGAGCGAGACACCUCAGGAGACCGCUAAGUGCCCUUCAGGGAUUGAUUAUGGCUUUGUAAUUUCACCAGACGCCGGAUUCAUUGCGGUACAGCUGCUGGAGCUCGCGUGGGAAGCAUUAGGUUUAGAUGACUUGCUGCGGCCGAGCACCGAGGAGCAGAAGGAAGUACGCUUAAUGUUUGGUUUUACUGUACACCAGACGCCUUCCCGCAUGCGUGAUGAAGACGAGACGAAGGCACGGUUGCCCUUCGCACCUCACAUUAUUAUAUGCAUACAAGUACUGGCGUGGAAGCUCUGCACACUAGGCACCGGGUUCAGCUUCGCGCCUUGGGCUAGCUUCGCAUCUUCUCAACUGCACCUUCUGGGGCUGUGGUUUCUCACUGAGUUGGAAAUGGAAUUACUCAGACCACGCGAUGCUACCGGCGCUAUCAUGAGGACCUGCAUUGUAAAGCUGAGCGGAAGAAUUCGGAGUUACUGUACGGAAAUGAAACGCCAAGCGGCAGGAGAAUCGGAAAUGUUAGCUCAUGCUCUGCUAGGAUAUGGCAAAGAUAGACUCUUCGCCGGGGUUUUCCUUCACUUCGCGGCCAUCCAUUUCGUACACCCGCAUUCCAAGGCCAAAGACGUUUCGGAGUCAAAGGACAGUACACUUCCUCCGAUUCUGUGCAAUGUUUUCCUGCCCGGAUGCCGCGGAGUAUAUCACUUCUGCUGCACACUUUUGAUUCCGACUUUUGCUAUGGGGUGCGAUCUUAGAGAACAGCGGAAACGAGGUCAAUAUAUUAUAAGGAGGAGUGGGUACAUGUCCGCGUAUGAAUGCACACGAGUAUCGAUGAAUACUGGGGGUUCAGAUUUCGACGGCGGCAAUAUUGAUUGCAAAAUGGAUGUCUGUGCCUCGGUAGUUGGAGGGUUGACGAUUGGGAGCAAGAAACUUCCAUCGCGUUCGACUUGCUUCCUCGUCGGACAGAACGUCGAUCUGAUCCCGCUGCUUGAUGUUCCAUUGCUUAUAUGCGCUAAAUUCGCCCAGUUGUCAUGUUUUCCGGAUGAAAGCCAGCUCAGCAAUUCAAUUGUCAUUUUGCAAUUUGGAUUGCGCCGAUGCGCGCUGACUCGACUGGUCCUUGGCUGGCCAGUGUUCUGUUCCUUAAGAGCGUUCUCUUCGGGGCUGUCGGUCACGAAGGCAGAUGAUCUGAAACAGGCUCAGAUACAGAAGUUGGGCUGUGCCGCGCCGCAACAAAGGCAGAGGCAUACCUCCGCAGAGACGUUCUUCUGGAUCGUGGUUGAUAUCGAAGGGAUGGGAUGGAUCGAUUGUGGUGUCCUUGCACGCGAUCCCAUUGGGUUGGAACGCCUUUUUGACGACCGGAUACCCUCCACACUGGGGGCAGGCGUCAGUAUCCUUGUCUCCCUCGGACAGCAUCACCCGGCCGCUAACGCGGCACAGUGCAUGACCCCGUCCGAGUCCAAGUCGCUCAAGUCCAUUACCACAUCGGCGGGCAAGACCCGCCCGUCGACGUCGCGGAGUCAGGGAUCCUCAGGCGCAAGUUCAGGAGGCAGAGACUCAGCGGGUGUCAGCCCGACCCGAUCAGCACUUGCAAAACCGGCAGCUGGCGAGCCAGCGUCAGGACCAUCAAUUCCGACAACAGCACACAGACAGACACCCCCGCGGAGUCGGACAAGGGCCCGAACAAGUUUUUCGAGGCAGACGCCCACACCCACGCCCUCGUUGAUGUCGUCCGCGCAGACUGUGACGAGCACGGCUUCGGCAACCGGGAGCGGCUUGGGACUUGCCUCCUCGGAUGCAUAUCGCUAUGCAGCCAGCACACUUUACCUUCCUGAACGGACGGCGCCGGGCUCGGCACGGAGGGAGACACUGAUUGUGAAUGCUACUGCAAAUGCGAACGCGAAUGCAAUUGGGAAUAUUAAUAUUAAUACCGAUGUAACUUCCAGCUCGGGCACGACCACGAGCGCAAACACAGUUUCAGCCCCGCAUGUUUCCGGGAGCCGCUUUAUGGACGAUCGACAAGGACGCAGGCUGUCGCAGAUGCAUCCGCAGACACGCGCAGACGAGGCGUACCAAUCGCAUUCUCAUGCGCAGGCGCGUUCGACUUCAUUUGCGCAAUCGCAGUCAUAUUGGAGAAUGCGGAUCGCCGAGACUCCCAUUGACACUAAUAGCACAGCGACGACGGAACCAGAAGUGGCCCUGCGAUCGCCGUCCUACUCAGAGUACUCUGGUUCUGGCUAUGUCCCGGCUCCGGCUUCUGGCUUUAGCAAUCCUGCCGGUUUCGCUCCGGGCCGUGACUCUCCGCCGGACCAGAGUCACGUGGAGUACUAUCAUCCAGACGCGUUCGUCCCCGGUUCUGCUUCCGCAUCUGGUGCCGCGUCCGAACCGUCCGUGUUCCGCCCUCCGAGUCUGGCUUCAUACACACUCACACAUCCCGCCGCCGCCGCCGCUCAGGCGAGCUCCCAGCGAGACUCAGCGUUCGCGUCUUCGUCGUCAUCGUCGUCAACAGGAUGGUAUGCAGCGUCUGACGCGUAUCGUGUUUUUGAGACAAACGCUCAGACUGUCUCAGCAACAGAAGUGUCACCAACGGCUUCAGUAGAAAAUAAUACGGACACUACUAGCAUAUCCCACCCGUUCACACAUGCGUCGCUGUCCCUCCCGGGAGCAUCACCGACGCAUUCGCAAGCGUCGGAAAGUACAGGCGGCGCAACGUCAUCAUCGUGGGCGCCUAUACCUCCCGCGACGGCGGAAUUACACAAAAGCGCACCGCACCCAUCUGCAACGGUCUCGUUUAUGGACAAGGUUCUGUCGACCGCUGCGGCGUCGGGUCCUAGCCUAACGCGAUUUGCGCCGGCAUCGUCGUCUUCGCUGCAUCUGGCGUCGUUCGCGGCUUCUGGCUCGAGCAUCACGUCCACCACCACUCCCACGUCUGCCACUCCUGCAGCGGCGGCGGCAGCUUCUCGCGUUCCUGAACCUGCGACUCCGUUCACCCUCCUUCCCUAUGGAGCGCUGUCCCCUAUAUCCCCGUCUGGAGCAUCUGGGAUUGCUGCAGAAUCGGAGACAUCUCAUCCAAGAUUUGUUGCUGGCCGCCCUCAAUCGUCGGUUGCAGUUGCAAGGACGAGUGUGCCAUUGUCAUCAACAGGAUCUGUGCGACGCUAUUCGAAUCUAUCGCCUCCGUACGGACCGCAGGCGCAGUCACCGUCUUCUUCUCGUUUAGCACAUUCCGAUACUGCUCCCGAGCAUGAGAGACGACACGCUGAGCCUGUUCCGCUUCAGAUUUCACUCCAGGACAGUGAUCCAAUAGGACAGGCAUCGACUAAUAUGACUGGAGCUGAAGCCAGGGCUAGUUCCAGCUCGAGCUCGAGCGGGAUGACAUCCGGCCUAUCCGGCCCUGGGACAGCGAACUAUCGUGCCAUUAGUACAAAUACCAGCUCAUAUUCUGGUGCGUUUGGUAUCGGUUCUGAGCCCGAGCCAGGGCCUUCGUCGUUGGCAGCACAUUCAAGAGCGCAGCCGUUUGUUCCUGUCUCUAUCACCUCGGCAGAACCUUACGAGUACCCGCUCGCUUCCCCUCCGUCAGGAGGCCCUGCCCCUGCAUCGGCGUCUACGUCUACCUCCGCCCCUGCACCGGCAAGCAGCAGCGGUCAGAGUACGCGGAAGCGGAAUCACGCAUGCUGGAUGUGCCACAAAAGCUUCGAUAGGCCAAGUACCCUACGCAAGCACCUCCUGGUACACACGGGCGAAAAAGCCUCCGGGCCGUUGCUUGGCGGGGGUGUCGUUCUGUGGCGCCGCCUUCGUGGAUCGCCCAAAGAAGUCCCGAGUAUCACAAACACUGACGCUCCGUUUUUGAUCUUCGUGCAUUUCAUUUCCGACAUGCUUAUUUUCCAAAACUGGCCCGUCCGUGCCCACGCCGUCUCUCCGAUGUCUCGCCCUGGCGACUCCGCAUCCGGAAUGAAUCGCAUCUGCACCAAUCAUAUGAACAACGGAAUGCGCCUUCGGCAUUUUACGUGCUCCUUCCCUCCCCUGCCUGAUGCUCAAUUGCACGAUGUAUGCGCUUGCAAUCCACAUAACUUAUCCAUUGUUGCCGUUGCAAUCGGGAUUCCUUUGAUGCUGAAUGCCGACUGCGCCGCGUCCACCUCUUCAGAACCUGCUACUUCUGCGAGUACUUUAGCAACCCUCGAGGAAGGCGACAAUAUGGCACGCGAACAGACGAACCCUGAUGUACGCCGUUCUGAGCGCGAACGGGAUGGACGUGAGGUACGCGAUGAUGAACAAUCGCCACCUGCACCAGUCACACCUACUACAUCGGAGACUUCGGCCCACACGACUAGAGGCCGUAGACGCAGACGGUCCACUGUCGAAACUCCACUCAGUGUGCAAGAAAUGCAUGGUUCAAUCCCUCCAGAUUCCGGUGCCUCCACAUCACAACAAUCAUCAUAUCCUCUCCGCCCAGCCUUUGGUGGCAAUGGGCAAGAUUCGGGUGAAGUCGCCGUUGCGACUGCUAGUUCCAGCACUGGUAAUACAGAAGGCGAGCGUCGUCCGAAACGUCGUCGCCGUGCUCCUUCGCCGAGUCGCUGGGUACCCCCAUCACUGCGGACAUUCUCGUUGUCUCCGGUCCGUCAUCGUACAUCGACACCGCUUCCUCCCGUGUCGCCCGGGUACGACGCAGCAACGGGUACUUACGAAGAACGUGACUCAUACGCAACUAUCCCGGACGAGAAUGUCGAUCCUGCUAGCGGCGAAGCAGGUGGCGAGUCCUCUUCGUCUUCAGGUGGAAACGUGGCACAGCGCAGCCGCGCAGAACGUCUACAUAAUUUUGAAUACGCACCAUACCAUCCGUGUGGUUGGACGGGACGUUUACCUGGACCUGCCGUCGUCGGGUCAGACUUGACGAACUAUACGAAACCUUCUUAUGGUAGCGGUGCUUCUGGUUCGGGAGCCGGUUCGGGACGGUAUGGAGGGAACUUGGGUGGCGGACUAAGCUUUAUGUUUGAGUAUAAUUUGGCUGCCGCUGGAUGAGGAUAGUGAUCUGUGUUAAUAAUAAGCGACGGCACCUUCUUGUGUUUUUCCGCGGUGGAGGUGAUAGGAUUAGGCUUCGGAUGGGAUAGGAUAGGGUAUUUAUCGUGUUGGCUGAAAUGGGCACUAGGGCAUCUGGGAAUGUCCUUACUUCUCUUGCCUUCUCCGACUCCAAUAUCGCUCCACAUUUCUUCUUGGUUACUCGAUUCACCGAUCUACACCUACAUACACAUGUCUGCCGUAUCGUAGCACGUCUUUACCUUAGCAUAUAUAUCUAUGUAGUACAUAAUUUGGGCAUGGAAACAGUCUCAGGUCUGGCUGAGGCGAAU